AUGGCUGCUAUCUCAAAUCGCAACAUCUCCAAUCCACUUUUGCUGCCGGAAAUCGUCGCAUCUGUCAUCGACAAUGUCCACCUGGUCCCAGAUAUCUUGAACUGUGCCUGUGUAAAUCGCAUGUGGAGUGUGACAGCUUUGAAGAAACUAUAUAAGGGCUCCCUGAAUGACAUGCAGCUCCGUACACCUGACAUUGGAUCACUUAAUUGCCUCUUUGUAGCAUCACGGGAGCGCUUCGCUCGAAACAUCAGCUUUGUGAAGCAUCUUCUCCUCUCUACAGAUGUGAUCGCAUUUGAUCAAAACGGACGACCGACAACCACGUGCUACGAGAAGUGUCGCGCUUUGCGCCAGCGCAAAUAUGCGAAGCUCCUUUUGCAGCCGCAAGAAAGUGGUCUUACCAGCCUCGUCAUCCCCUUUGAGAUCGCGAAUCAAGAUUGGUCUAUCAUUUCCGACCUCCUUCUUACUCCUACCAUUGAGUUUCUAGCUAUUAAUAGAUACUACUGUGGACUGGUGAUGGACAGCCCCGGCUAUCUCCAAGAACCGAUCACCCCUGCUGAUAAAUUCUCCAACCUCAAAGCGCUCACAGUUUACAACCAAGAUGUUGGCCCGGAGAUUUAUGAGCUUUGCCAAUUGCUUCAAUGUUGCAAUUUGCAGUUCUUCCACCUUGAGGAAAGCGCUCAUAGCCGUGUGGGACGCGUGACCCGAUCCGACCUUAUAGAAGUCCUGUUGUGCCUUCGACGGCACCAAAACCUCGAGACGUUGGCGCUGAUUAUCCCUUAUUGUUCCCCACCCCUGGAAUCAACAAGUGAAGAGGAGCAAGGAAACCCAUGGCCGAGGUUGAAGGCAUUGUACCUUGCAAAGCUUCCCCAAGAAUGGCUAGGCCUAUUAUCAACAUUUGAUGACCUUCAAAUCCUCUGGCUGCAAGACCUCGGAACCAGGUUCUUCGGAACCAGGUUCCCUACUAUGAACCAGAAUGUACUUGAAAACAUUGCCAAAUGCAGAAGUUUACGGGUCAUCGACCUGGAUUUCCGUGAUCUUGACAAUGUAGAAGCACUCCUUGAUAUCGCGCGUGGCUGCCCGCUUUUACAAAAGUUUUGCGUGAAGGCCAUGCACUUGAGCGGGGAACAUUGUCUGGGAGAAGACCUGUUUUUCGACCUGCUGCGUGCCCUGCCUCAAGUAGAGUUCCUUGCUCUUGAUGCGAAAUUUGAGAUGGAUGAUACGAAGCUGCAAGACCUUGCCCGUCACUGCCCGCGACUGGUCGUGCUUGACCUGCGUUACACCCAAUUACACCUCUCUCUCGCGACAAUGAUCGAUUUGGAUCCACUCUGGCAGUUAGAGAGCAUGACUUUUGCACAAAUAUACUUCAAGGAUCCACCACGCUUGAAAAGUGAUGCUAUCCAGAGCAUUGCAACAGAGUGGCGCAGGAUAUUCCCAAGGCUUCAAUAUGUGCGAUGUCAUUCGGACCCUCCGUAUCGGAUGGAAGAUGAUUGGGGCGAGGAAUCAGAAACAGAUAAUGGCAGUAUGAGCUCUGAUGACGACACGUCACUCAGUGACUUCGAGGCCAACUCGGACGGCCACCAAUCAAAUCAGUAUGCAUUACGAAGAAAACUCUGGAAGGCCCUCGGUUAUGGGAAAGACUCGGAUAUUUAUUAUAAGAUUGUAUAUAUGUGGCAGACCAAUCUGGAGAUCAAGACGAUUGGCUGGCCCGUGGUGCCUUUGGCAGCAUUUUUUGAUCCAGACGCACACUCCACGACUGCUAAAUGCGGCCAGUAA